UAUUUUCUGGGGAAAUUAUUCAUUCACCUGCCAUGGCUAAAUUAUCUUUCAAGGAUUCGCUGAAAGCUCUUGAAGCCGAUAUUCAACACGCUAAUACACUAGCUUUAGAUUGUCCUCGGGAGAAGGAUGGAGCGCGCGUUCAGAUGAGAUUAUCGUACAGCCCGGCUGCUCAAUUUUUUCUUUUUCUUGUACAAUGGACUAAUUGUCAGCUUGCUGGUACCCUCGGUUUACUCAGAGUUCUUAUUUAUAUGACUUAUGCAGAUGGAAAGACCACAAUGUCGGUUUACGAAAGAAAAGCCAGUAUCAGAGAGUUCUACGCUGUGAUAUUACCGUCUUUGUCACAACUACAAAGGGGUAUUACAGACGGAGAUGAGCGCAAACAAAAAGAGGUAUGCAAUAUGCGAUACAAAAAGAAGGAUGAGAGAGAAAAGUGUGAGCUCUCGGAGAUUGAGAUCGAGCGGGAAGAAGAAUGUGGAAUCUGUAUGGAGAUGAACAGCAUGGUGGUGCUACCAAACUGUACUCAUUCUUUAUGCAUCAAGUGUUAUCGCGAUUGGCGAGGGAGAUCACAGUCAUGCCCGUUCUGCAGAGACAGCCUUAAAAGAGUAGACUCGGGUGAUCUCUGGAUGUUUUUGGACCAAAACGAUACAGUGAAUCUCACUGCAAUCGUGAGAGAGAACAAGAAACGGUUGUUUAUGUACAUUGAGAAGUUACCACUGGUGGUUCCAGAUCAAGCGUUUGCGUCUUCUCCUUACGAUAGCCAUGUGAGGGUUUUACUCCGAGAGGCGAUGAAUCCGUUGACAAUGGUGAAGCAGACACAGAGCAUUAACGCGAAAGAAUUAGAUCUAGGGAUUUCCGACGAAGCAUCUUGGCACGCCAAAUACAAAGAUUCAGCCUACGUUUACGUCGGAGAAUUACCGUACGAUCUCACAGAGGGUGACCUCCUCGCAGUUUUCGCACAAUAUGGUGAAGUUGUUGAUGUGAAUCUUGUUCGAGAUAAAGGAACUGGUAAAUCAAAAGGAUUUGCGUUUGUUGCUUAUGAAGAUCAGAGAAGUACAAAUCUUGCUGUUGAUAAUCUGAAUGGAGCUAAGGUGUUGGGAAGGAUCAUAAAAGUGGAGCAUUGUGGUAAAUACUCAAAGAGAGAAGAGGAAGAUGAAGAGACGAUGCUGAAGAAGAGAGAAGCUCGUGGUGUUUGCAGAGCUUUUCAGAGAAAGGAGUGUACUCGUGGAGAUGGUUGCAAAUUUUCUCACGAUGAAAACAGAGCUGCGAAUACCGGUUGGGGUCACGAAGAUCGUAGAAGUUUCAAGUGAGAUCAAGUAAUGACCACAAUGCUGUAGAGGAUAAGUAGGUAUUUUUCAUAUUGAUAUCCAAGUGGUAAUGCUAUACAUUGAUCAACAAUAGUUUCCGAGUUGACCAUUAGCUUACACAUAGAUGUUUUGCUCUGUAUAUGUCAAUCUUAUUUUCAGUAUUCGCCUUCACAUUUACAGAUU